GGUGAAACGGGCUUUUUGACGAGAUGGUCUUGGCCUACCUGGGCUGGUCUGGGCUGCGAUCAAUUUCAAUUCGGGCUCUCAGCUCCGGCGGCUACUUCUCUUUUCUUUCCUUCCUUCAAAAAGCACUCUGCUCCGGUUCCGAUCAUUUACACUGACUGAGCUGCUGCUGCUGCUGCUGCUGCUCUCAAAGUCAAUUCGGGUGCUCGAAUCUCCAUUGGAGUUCAAGAGACUGAGAGCUUAACACGAAGCAGGAGCUUAGCGGAAGAAGAGGAGGAGCUGGAAAUGGUGAAGAAAGCGUGGAGGAUAAUCCCCAGGUCCUUAAUGGAGACAGUACUCAACAACCAUGCUCAGCACCACCGCGUCCCUCAGCCCCUCAUCCUCCACGGCCCUCGCGGCGUCGGCAAAACCACCCUCAUCCUCGACCGGCUGCUAAGUGAAUGGAGCAAAGGCCCCCACAUCACCGGCUAUGUGGACUUGGCUGAAUCAAUCAAAGAUCACCACCCAAAACACGGUGGCUCUUUCCCGUGGUAUUCCUGGUCCAACUGUGACCCACCCGCAUUAUCAGCUCUCCGGGCCCAGCUUGAGCACUGCCUCGAAUCAAUGGUCCAAGAGGGUGUAAAGCUCGGCAACAUCACUUCGCAACAAGUAUUCACUACCCUGAAGAAAUGGCAUGGCCUCAAUACAGCUCUGAGGCGUGUCCUUGAGAAUCAUAGCCCCUCAAAGAAUGCACUUUCUGACAAAGUCACAGGCUCAAACCUGUGGAGACGAGCAGUUUUCGCUUUGUCCAGCAGGUGUAAUGCGGAAGAGAUUAAUGGGCUCCUUGGAUUGGACAAGACGCAGGGUGAGGGCUUGUCAGUUGAGGAGGCUUCAUAUUUGCGUGAGUCUAUCGUCGCUUUGAAGUUGGCUAAGGAGGUGAUUGAGGUGCAGCAACGGUGGAGAAGAAAUGCAAUGACCCAUUUGAAUCGGACAGGUGGAUUCUCUAGGUCAUUAGCACAUUCUUGUACAGAUUGGCCAUGUUUGUUGCUGGAGUUGUUGUCAGAAUCUGCUGAAAUUGGUCAUUUCCAGCCAAAGCUGGUGAUAAACAAUAUUGAAGUGCUGAGGAAUGCUAUUCUGACCGAUGAUUUGUCAAUUAAUGCACCAAUGUACCAUGACAGUCUCAUAUGGAGAAUAAUUGCUCUCGGUGCAAAUGAGAGGAUCAUCCCUGUCAUACUUGUGACUUCAGAUAGCUACUAUUCAUACCGCGCCUUCAUGGAUUUCGGGUUUCCUGACAUAUUCAUCUCUCGGGAGACAUUUGGUUGGACUCCACCAGAAGCUAAAAUGCAUAUGGUGGCCAGUUACUUCAGUAACUCAGAGUGGCUGGUCAUUUCAGAGGUACUGGGGCCAAAUCCUCGACAUCUUUUUGAGCUCUAUGCCCUCAAACAAAGCAAUUAUUACUAUAAGGUUAUAAGUGACAAGACUACCACAUUUGAAGACAUUGUGGAUGCAUACUUGGCAUAUUUGCAGAUUACUGUGGUGAAUCCUGCCUUGGAUAGGGCUCUGAAAAUCAUCCAAAAGUUUGCUACUGAUGCUCAAAGCGGACGGAUUUCGAAAGAUAGGUUACGUUUUGGUGCUCCUUGGCGGCAUCCUCCGCGUGCAGCGGACCUUAACCAGAGUUUGGGGUGGGCAAAGCUUCAAUUACUGGACUUUGUUCAGUCUUUGGUCAACACAGAAUUUGGGGUAAAUUACCUAGCUGAUUGUAGCCUUGAGAUCUUGGAUGAUCCAGCAGCUGUUGCAAUGUUAGAGGUGGGUUUGCUCUACGCCCAGCGAGAUCCAUCUAUCAUUAGACCUGUAUCACGUGGCAUCCAAAGAUGCCUUGUGAGAUGGCUUGUGGAAGAGAGAAUGAGGAUGAGCUUCUGGAAAUCAGUCCACCACCAAUGGCACCGGAUCUUCCGCGGUCGUUAUUACCGUCAUUUGAUGUUGCAAGUUGGCUACAAGUGAAUUAUAGUGAUAGAUACAUGGUAGUAAAGUGAUUCUUUUGCCAAGGCCGAUUUUCUUUGAGGUUCUUGGAGCAACACCAAGUUUUGAGAGAUUAAUCUCGUUGUAAAUGCAUCUUUGUACUCAUCAUAUUGCGCGACACGCCCUUGUUUUGCUUUGCCUACCUCCUAGAUUUAAGACAUUGAAGAAACAGUCUGAAUUGCAAAUACUGUUGAAGCCAUUGAUGCCUUGUUGCCAGUUUAUUCUCGGCGCAAAACUGUGGAAUGUGCAGAAUCAUAGCACCAACAGAAUGGUACCAAAUGCAGCUUCCGGCAUCAACUUGUUUGUAGACUUGAGCUGCUUGGAACAACAGGGAGCAGGGAUUCCGAGUAGAGUUUUUAGAGCUGAGAUGAGUUUAGCUCACCGAAGUGCCAGACAACAUUUAAUAAAGGAUUACGGGUUGCGAGCAAUGACAACAGUGUGAAGACUUCGUCAAACAUUUACAUUUGGGAGAGAUUUCAUAACAUACUUUCUGCAAACUGGAGUCAGGUCGAAAGAUGUCCAACGCAUUGUAAGUUGUAACCCGAUGAGCCAGUCAAUUUCAACUGAUUGCUUGUAUCAAUGAGUAGCGAUGCCUAAAUAAGAAUGGCUUUUUAGAGUAUUUGAUACAUUCA